CGUAUAGCCUAUGCGUGUAUGAAAUGGUACCGAUUGUGUGAACGACAAUACGGGGUAUUUGUGGCACACAUUGACAGUAAAAUGAAAGCACAAAUAAACUGUUAUUUAUUUUGAGGCAUUUUAUUGUGAAAAAUAAGUGUAAAAGUGGUGUAAAAUUAGUUUGAAUUGAAUUGAAUUGCAAUUAGUUUAAGGGUUGAAGCGAUCGGAAGAAAGGAUGGAUGAAAGCAAUGAUUUGGACGCAACUCCUGAACAAGAAAGCGAUGAUUUAGUGAUCGCGGAAGCGGUGGAAGUGAUGCUAACGAUGUAUUCGUGUCGCUUCUGCUCCAAGAGGUUCGACACCAUUGAUAAAGUGAAGACACAUUUCCUCAAGAGGUAACCAAAGCCAGUGAUUCAUACCUUAAAUACGUUACGGCUUU